AUGGCGGGUUUCACGUCCCUCUUCAAGGCUCUGACUGCUCCGGUCAAAAUUCCCAUUUUCGUCGUAACGCUUGAUGCUUUGGGGACCCUAUAUCAUUUUCGAGAACCAGUUUCUGCCCAGUACUUCAAUGUUGCUCAAAAAUGCGGACUGCGAGCAAAAAUUAACCCAACUGAACUCGACCAGUUCUUCAAGUCGUCAUUCAAGCACUACAAUACCGUCUAUCCAAACUAUGGGAAAGGCAAGUUGGAGGAUCCCCAAAUCUGGUGGUCCAAAGUGGUCAAACGUGCAUUCCGCGAGAUCGUACCGGACGGAGAGCUUCCUCCGAAUCUAGAUAUCAGCCUCUACCGACAUUUUUCGACCCAAGCAGCCUACCAACUCUAUCUGGACGUCUUGCCAUUCCUUCAUACUAUAGAAGCCAUUAAAGACCGCUUUGUCGCUGCAGAUGGACCAUUGCUGGUCACAGGAAUUGUCACGAAUUCCGAUCCGCGUGCCAGAGACGUAUUGACAGAUCUGGGACUAGAGAUUGGGCCAUCCAGGGUCCCUGAAAUGAAUCCUCUCCAGGAGAUGCCAAACAUAUGGAAAAACGUCCAGGCAGACAACAUCAAAGAUAUUCGUGCCACUCCCUACGCAGGCUAUUACAGUAGAAGGAACCAUUUCGACUUCCUCUGUACAAGUUACGAUGCCGAGUCGGAGAAACCUAGCCUGGAUAUCUGGCUAGCCGCAAAGAGACUCGUGAUGCCAAUGCCACCAUCUCGAAUGGAGAAUUCUUUGGGACCGCCCUCCGACCUGAAAGAUGUGUCACAGAUUAUGACGGAGGCCUUGCGCUAUCGACCUGGAAAGAUAAAAUGGGUUCAUAUUGGGGACGAAUUUUCGAAAGAUUAUUUGGGUGCGGUCAACUGCGGCCUCAAAGCACUACAUUUGGCAAGAGAAAAGGAGUCAUCUCUUGUAGUAGAGGAGGGUAUCGAGACUGUGUCUAAUCUAGAGGAAGCUGCCAUGGUUGUCAGCGUGAUGGCGCAAGACUACUUUAAUCAUGACCCAGAAUGA